AUGGGGCUAUUGAGCAGUCUAAAUCAAUGGAGUGUGUUCUGGUCAUGUAUUGGCCUGUUGAUCAUCAUCACUGUCUUGAGUUGUAUAGCACCUCACCAAAACCCUACAUGGGUAUUCACACACUACCAAAACCAAACUGGGUUUGAGAAUCCAAUUUAUAUCUUGAUUUUGGGUAUGAUUGGUGCUGCUUAUUCAUUGUUUGGCUGUGAAUGUUCUGCUACAGUAAAUGAAGAAACAAAAGAUGCUGAUACGUCUUCUUCCAUCGCCAUGGUAUCUUCUAUUGUCGUUUCUUGGUUUGUGGGUCUUGCUUUCUUGAUUGUCUUAUUGUUUUCCAUACAGAAUAUGGAAGCCAUUCUAAACUCUACACUACAUAUGCCAGUAGCCCAAUUAUUUCUUGCAAGUAGCAUCACUCUUUUAUACGAUGCUGUGGGUGUAUGGGGUACACUUGCAUUUUUGAUCUUAAUCGCGUUUUGUCAGUUCUGUACAGGUGCAACCACCACUACUGUCACCUCUCGACAGAUAUAUGCACUGGCUAGAGAUGAUGCUACACCUAUGAGUAACAUACUAAGCAAGAUUAACAGCAAAACACAACUACCUGACAAUGCAGUAUGGUUUACAAUGAUCAUGACGUUUUUAGUUGUUUUACCUUUCCCACUGUCUGAGCAUUUAUUUGAAACGAUUGUCAGUGCAACCACGAUUACUAUCCAUUUCAGUUACGCUAUGGUAUUGGGAUCCCGUUUGCUUUACAUCAUUGCAUCAGAUCAAAGUCAAAAAAAGGGAAAAAUUAAUCUGGGGAAAUACAGUACGCUCAUUACUUUCAUGGGAUUUUUAUGGUCUGUGUUUGCUGUCUGUGCUUUUGUUUUACCAUUUUCUUGGCCCAUGACGAGUGACAACUUUAAUUAUGCAGGUGUAGGUUUAAUUACUGUCAUCAUGACUACAUUACUGUUUUGGUUAGGGUGGGGUAGAUUUUAUUACAAUGGUCCAAAGGCAACGAGUGAUCAAUUUUAA